UUGUUGUGUCAACUUUCAGAACGAAAAUUAUUGGUCGCAGAAUAUUCAAGUAAGAAGCAUUUCAAAUGGAUUUUCCGAUAUAUUAAGAUCCCCUGGAAGAAUCUGUACAGCCAGCCGGUAAUUGUCAACAUCGAGGAUCUUUAUGUCUUAGUUUCACCCAACAAUAAUGUCCAGUACGACGCCGAAAAGGAGGCCAAAUAUGAGAUGGACCUCAAGAAGACAGCUCUUGAUGCCCUGGAGGCAGCUCGCAAGAAGGAGUGGGAAAAGGAUCAGCCCAAGGCAGAUGCAGGGUUUGCGGAAAAGCUAACGGCACAGAUCGUUAACAAUCUGCAGGUGCAGAUAACAAAUGUUCAUCUGCGAUACGAGGACACCACAACUACGGGCAGUCCCUUCUCCUUCGGCAUAUCCCUACAUGAGCUGGAACUUUACACUACCAAUUGCGACUGGGAAAAGUGCUACAUGGCCCAGCAGGCGUCAGAGGUCUUCAAAAUAGCAAAUCUCUCAGCGAACAUUGUCCCGUUUUUCUGA